UGCUGGCCUGACACAUGGGCCCGUCAAGGUCGACGCGAACAUUCAUGCCAAGCCGGAGAAUACUUUACAUCCGAGGCCUCAAAGAAGCACUAAACAGUGCCACUCAGCCACCGCCUGGGAACCAACUACCUGAUUCAACCCAGGUAUAGCCUGCAUGCGCCUCGUUAGUCCGGUUACUAUUCAGCAGUGCCACAGAGCCUGCAUGAAUACCAGCACUAAGUAGCACAAUGCGGACUCUACGGAAUAACUCCGUGCUGCCCACGAUACGUGGUCAGCUUCCUCCCCGGUGCCUCAUGGUCUGCUUUGACGAUAUACAAGACCGCUACAAGUCUUGCGAUACGAGCAUUCCGAUGGCGUGAAUCUGACAGGGACGUCCCGACGCCACCAAAACAGAGGCACUCGAUUGCCUGCAGCCAUCUGAUCGUACUCAUAAAUUGAUGGGAAAUAUACUGCAUCCAAGGAGCCAUGCCGGCAGUCGCAGCAGUUCAGCCUGCUCGCGAAGGGACUUCUCUGAUGAUUGUAGCGUCCAGUCCUGGGACAGCUCCACGCCCACGCAACAGCGAGAUCUUGGGAGCAGAUCUGACAGACUAUCCUCCGGCUCUGAACGAUCUGUACUCCGAGAGACCGCUCGGGAAAUGGCUUGACAAGGUCUUUGCGCUCGCAGACAGCAUCCCAGGACUUCCACCUGCCUGGCACAACAGCCUUGACCUGAGGUCCAUAGACCACUCAAUGCAAUUCCAUCCAGGAUUGCCAGAUCCACAUCCCCCGGGCGAUCCGUAUCACGACGUCUAUGUGGUCAGCGUGCCGCACCGCAAAUGGCCAACUUCUCUUAAGCACUGGUCGCUCUAUACACAAGGAUGUUUCUUCCACUUGAUUCGAAAAUCGGCACCGGAACUGAAGAUGGAGCUGGUUGACGUGAACACCCUUGAUGCAAAACUCGCCCAGCUACGCGACGAAAUCCAGGGAGGUCAUUUCCACAACUCCGCUAUGAUGGACAGACAGGCGGUGGACGGCUUACGCCCAAGCAGAACGAACCUGCCCUUGACAGCCUACCAUGUAGGUCAGACUGUCUUCAACCUUGAACAACUCGAAAAGAUUGCACGUUAUACCAUGAGCAGGAUCGAUACCUAUAGUCUCUUCGAAAAGAAUUGUCACGCCUUCACUCUAUCGAUGAUGCGCAGGACUGUCAUGACCAAGCGGGAUGGAACGAUCUUUACCGGGACAAAGGUCCAGAUCGUCAAUUGGGACAUGAGACUGAAGGGUGCCGGCACAAACGCGUAUGACCAGUACCUCGGGUUUUUGAUAUCCGGCCCCCGUCCAGGUACAUCGAGCUUCCUCCCCAAAAAGACCAAGCGCGACGAGAUGCUAACUAUGCCUUGGAUUCAGGUUUCAUGCACCAGUCCCGCCUGCAUUUUUUGGACUUUCCUGCAGUGCUGAUAUCGCAAUUCAGAGAGAGGGACAGCAUGGGAAUGGCGACUUUAUAUCGAAAGGGUCCGUAUGCAAUAGGCGCCUUCUGUGCAAGUGGUGAGAGAACCCACUUCAACCAUGCGUUGGCCACAAGCGCGAAGCAAAUAGGCAAUGCUGGCGUCAGACUUGGCGUUGCCGUCAAAGAAUUCGCCCAAGAUGUGGCGGCGGGAGAGUUUCGAGACGCUUUCGUUGGCCGAGCGGGGUCUCGUAG